UUACAAACAUGGCGGCAGGGGUGACCCUGAGGCGAAGCGCCCCUCUCCAACAUGGCCGACUGACGGUUAUUGUAUUCUGUCAGGCGGCGAGAGGUGAAAGGCGGCGGGCGGCUUAGUGGCUUCGGGAAAAUGGCAGAAAGCGAGCGGCAGCCGGAGUCAUCCGUGGAGGUGCUGCCGCCUCCCCAGCGGAACUUCAUGAUCCCGCAGAAGGAGAUCAACAUGGUUCCCGACAUGGCCAAGUGGAAACGCUCUCAGGCUUAUGCAGACUACAUAGGCUUCAUUCUCACUCUCAACGAAGGUGUCAAAGGCAAGAAGCUGACCUGCGAGUACAAAGUGUCCGAGGCCAUAGAAAAGCUGGUUGCUCUCCUGAAUACGCUCGACAGGUGGAUCGAUGAGACCCCGCCGGUGGACCAACCCUCUCGCUUCGGGAACAAGGCCUUUCGGACUUGGUAUGCCAAGUUAGACCAGGUAGGUCUGAGCAGGAGAAUGGCCAAGUUCUCUCGUCAAAGUUGGGUCCCUGUGCCUUUUGUGAAAACAACAGGCAUCAAGUCGGAUAAAUUCUGCAUCAUUCUAAACUGGGGCUGGGGAGGAUUGGGUGACGAUGAACAUCACCGCACAUGCCUGGAGAAGUUUCCGGUGAUCCAGCACUUCAAGUUUGGCAGCCUGCUGCCCAUCCAGCCCGUCACAUCUUAAGGAGGUCAUCUUUGGGACAAGGCUCUGGAGAAAGCGGGGCACAGUCCGUGCUCUUCUCCCCCCUCCCCCCCUCCCCCCUUGCCUCCACGCAACCCACUCUUCCUGGUGGGUUCUAUCGUGCCAGCACGUGGGGCGGGGCAAGGGGGAAGAAGCGCUUGAGGAUCUUGCGUGCAAGAAGCUGGAGGGGGAGGACCUGCCAAAACGCAAGAGCUCAAAGCGACCGUGGACCACGACAAUCCGGCACCCGUGUUCCUCGCCGCACCUCCGUACCGAGCCUCCCGUCACCCCCAGCAUGUUCAGCCUCUCGCCGCUUGCAUUUUAUUUUUGGAGGCCUGCUGUUGACAGCUCCAGGGAGAACACGGGUGCUUUAAACGGAGGGGUGAGGCUCAUAACGCUGAGGCUGUUCAGGGUGCGUGUGGCUUUCCUCUUUAUUUUUCUUUAAUUCACUGGAAGACUGGACUGGGGAGGGGCACACAUGCGGUCUGGGUGUAUUGCACAGUGUGAAGGCCAAUCGGGUGUUUUGUUUUGCCGCAGAGGGUGUUAGUUGCCUCCUCUGUGCUCGAGGCUCCUUUCUUAUGAAUUAUCGGCAGGAGGCGUGUGCCUGUGUAUGGUAGUCUUCCUAUUGCUGGGGUGGCUCAAAUGCAAGAGUCCGGACGGUUGGGGCCACACGAGCAAAGCUUUCUGUCCAUCAUCUCUGUGUGCACCUUCGACACGCCUUGCAGCUUCCCUCCGGAAGUUCCAAAUGUGGGCAGAGACGGAUGGGUUGUGCAAAUGACACCAGUUGUGCAAAUAUGGUACCGGAGCAGUUCCUUCCUAGUCCGCCUCUCUUUUUUGUAGCUCAUGGCAAUGAUCCUCUCUCGUCAUAGCCAGGAUUAGAGCAGGAUGGGGGGACCCCUCCCCACCCUUUUCCUGGUCUUUGGAAACCUCCCCAUUUAUUUCUCAGCAGAUAUCAACUUUGAAGGAAGAUGAGCCCUUCAGAAUGGCUUCUGAGAUUUUGGCAGUACUCCCACUUUUUUUUUAAAGCCCUCUCCCCCCCGCCCCCCCACAAAUAGCCAAACCAUUCAUAGAGGAGCGGCUCAUCUCUUAAAACUAGACAAGCCAACCAGCCUUCCUGUUUUUCUAGCAGGACUCUUAGUGCUCAAUAUACUGGGCGUCUCUGCGGUGGUUUGACCAACGAUCGGCUUGUUUAGCUGUCGUGUCUUUCCGCUCGCGACGGAUCGGAUCCACUGCUCAAGGCUCCUCGCAAUUUUGCCUAAGCUGCGACCCCCAUACGGGAAACCAUGAGGCACCUUCACGGAUAUAAAAAGGGUUUCUGAUCUGUCAGCUCAACAUGCCCCUCCUGGGCAUCUCAAGACAUCACCUGCUGCUCCGUGUUCCUUUCAGACCCGCAAAGCUUAAGCUACCCGAACACACUUCCUCUCCAGCCGCACCUGACAUCGAGGAACCUUUGGGGUCUGCAGCUUGCCUGGGCCUCCAAAAGCACAAAAUGCACGUGGAGCACCUUGUAGGCAUGGCUGGUGGCUAAGGACGUAGCCGUCUUAACAAAAAUCUGAACAAAAAUCCUGAAGUCCUAUGUUUGAACCAGGUUUGAACAAAUCUGGAUUGUUCCCCCCACCCACCCCCCCACCCCCUAAAUAUAAGGUAACAUCAGAGACUUCUGAUUUCUGGCAGUGACAGGCAGAAAGAGGCGGCCAGAACAUUGCUAAGGCUGCUGCAAAACCAAGUGUCAAAGAUUUGCUUGAGUUUGCCUCGGCCUCUCCUAAGUCUAAGCUUGAUAGGAAUUCAUCCCGCCACAUGGAGCCUCUUUUUGCGUCUGCCCCAUUUUGUGUUCAUCCAUAUUUGAGAGGCGUGAGCACGUUGCAUCCCAAGGAAGCUGGGGUGGGGGGUGGGGUUGACUGGUUAUCCCUCCCCCUUGUUGGCACAAGCGGGGGGCUGGAGUGGCUUACACUGUUUGGGACUGCAGUCCGCAGAUGCCAGCUUCGAAGGUUAUGUUCACAUAAGCGUCUCAGUACAAACAGGAAGAUAGCUCAGCCGGUCAACAUGUUCUCUUUGCUUGCUGCGCUAGAUUUCCAUUUGCAAAGAAGUGGUUUUUUUUUUCCUCAGCGGGGAGCCUUCCAAAACGGUGGUCCUCCAUCGCUUUCUGAAGGGAAGCAGUGUCUUCUGCCACCUCAGGUCUCUGCCUUGGCAGCUCAGGGUGUGUGGGGGAGAGCAUGACUCUUGCCUGCUCAGAAUCUGGUUCCUUAGCUCUUGUGCAUAACCCUUCAGCCGUGUUCUUCUUCCACCUCUGUGUGUUACAUGUAGCAGCCAGCCUGUGUCCAAAAUCUUGUGUUUAAGCAUAACUAAAAAAUAAAAUGGAAAGAUUUAA